UUUGUUCGUCGAAAGGUGUUCUCGGGAACCAGUUUAUUUUCACUUUGGCAAGUUCAAUAAACAGCACUGGAUUUCUUGGAAAAAGGCGUCUGAACACCAGAAAGCUGGGCUAUGAAGUAGAAGGAACCAGUGGUGCAGCUUAAAACAAAGUAAAUUAUGCAGAACAGUUCUGUAGGCCAGAGCGUCAGUUACAAUGUGGCCAUGAUGGCAUCGGCAGAUCAGUAUUGGGACCCAACUGAAUCCAGUGAAUGGGAUAAAGAAAAACCGACAUCAUUUUGCAUUCAACGCGUAAAGAAAGAUAUAACUGAAAUUUACAGCGAGCCACCGCCGUUUAUCUGCGUCGUCCCAGACCAAGGAAAUAUAACCAAAAUCCACGCGUUAAUUAUUGGGCCAGCAGAUACUCCUUAUGAAGGAGGAUUUUUUCACUUUUUCAUUCGUUGCCCUCCUGAUUAUCCCAUCAGACCCCCAAAAGUUAGACUUCUAACAACUGGCAGUGGUACUGUUAGGUUUAAUCCAAACCUGUAUAAGAAUGGGAAGGUUUGCUUGAGCAUUUUGGGAACAUGGUCUGGACCUCCAUGGAGUGCCUCACAGUCAAUAUCCAGUGUUCUAAUUUCGAUCCAAUCACUGAUGUCAGAGAAACCAUAUCACAAUGAACCAGGGUAUGAACAAGAAAGACGUCCAGGUGAUUCAAAGAAGUAUAAUGACUGUAUUAUACAUGAAUCUCUAAGGAUUGCUGUGUGCCAAAUGUUGGAGGGGGGCAACCAACACUUUCCAGAGGCUCUGAUGGAUGUAAUGGAGAAAUCAUUUGUUGAGUUUUAUGAGCAUUAUGAAGCAAAAGCAAAGGAAUUUCUUCAUCUAGAUGGAAGCAACUUUCAAGAUCCAUUUGGAGAAAAUGUUGGGGUUUACAAUUUUAAGGAAAUACUUGCGAGUCUGCAUAGAAUUAAGCAAAGACUAGAUAAAAAACAUGGCUCUUAGAUACUGGACAUUUGAAAUUCUAUUUUAGGUUAACAAGUGGUGGCCUAGUUUUCACUGAGUAGCUUUAAAUAAUGUCCAAUAAACUGACUAAAUUAUUUGUUAGAGAAGAUACUCAUUUGAUCUCUGAUUAAGAUAUGUUUCAAAUUAUUUGUUUUCAAACAUCAAGUGGUACAGAAAAAGAUUAUUUCUUCUUGUUCAAGGUAAAUCUAAUUUUAAUUUUGGCUAUCUGAUUUUAUAAGUGUAAUGUACAUUAUUUCUGCUGCUAAGUAUCAAUGAAAUAUGGAUUGCAGUGACUGUUGCAUGCUCAAUUUAACCUUAACCAAUGUCUUUUUUCGAAAUACAUUAAUGUGGGAUUUCUUCAAAUUAGGUUUUAACGUAUCUUUCACAAUAACUAUUUUUUCUUUGGACUGUUAACUCUCUGAAAAAUAUGUAAUGAUCAUUCAGCCAUAUUCUGUUCAUGAUAAAAAUGUUGUGAAGUGGUUCAGGGAUGUCAGAAGUAUAUUGGGGUGAAAUGGGGCAGAUUUUCGACUGAGGGCAGCAGUCUGGCAGGCAAAUCUAGCUAGCCAGGAAAGGAUCUUGGGGGGAAUUCCCCUAGACUCAUUUUGCUACCACACUCUCUGGAUUGGAAACAACAUCAGGCUAAAUUUAUUAUGCUUCAUUUUUGAAAUUUUGUAGCACUAUUUCUACUUUGACUGUCUGUUUCUUUUUCAUGCAGUUUUUGUAUUGAAUGGCUAGUCUUAAUCUAAUGCUCAAAGUGACAAAGACAAAGGAAAAGGAAUAAUGUUGAUCUCUAAGAGUAUGUUUUUGUUCAUGGGCAAAUUUUAUUGAUGAAAUUUUAUUUUCUUUUGAGAAAUUUUGACUUUGAAUGCUGUUACCACUGGGAACAUCUACCUGCCCAUUACAAUAAAGCAAGCCCAGUUCUAGUACAAAACUGAGCUUUGAAAGUGUUUUUAGUAACAUAACAAUUCUAUCUAUAAGAUAUCUAAGGCUUUAACAGACAUAACAGAUUAUGACAGACAUUAAACACACUACUCUUUCAGCAUAUGUACUAACUUAAUGUUUACAAAAACAGUAACCGUAAUCCUCUGCCCUCACUGGUUGAGGAUACAGAAGAUAGCUGCCCCCUGUAUGUUUAAAUUGUCAGAUUGAGUAAUAACUUUGAAUGAAAGAGUUUGAAAAAAAUAAACUGAACAUAGUUUGUCUAUGUUUUCCAAAUCUCUCAAGAUCCCUAUUUUUGUUGAAAAUUUGAUUUGAUUUAACUUUAGAUUGAUUGGUUAGAAUUCGUUAAUUGUACAUAUUCUUCAAAUAUGUUAUUCACUGUAUUCUCACACAAUGAAUAAGAUUCAUUUAGCAA